UUACGUUCCAAUCAGCCGACCAAGGAAGCGCGGCCGAUGUGCAUGUUACUUGUUCCUUGUCCUUACAAUUUGUUGUUUUUUGGCAACAUCAAUUUACUUCGGGAUAAAAUCGAGCCGACUUCACUAUGCAUUGAAACACCAACGAGCAAUGAUGUGCCCACCAAUGAGAAUCAUGGAUCUCUUUCCGAAUGGUAUGGAUGCCAUUGAAGGCAGACACCGUGAAGGUGGAUAUCAAGGAAAUUGGCGGCCAUGGCGCCAUCACGGUGGUGAUCGUGAUCAUGAUGGCGAUCGUGAUGAGGAUGGUGAUCAUGACGGAAACGAUGGAAUGAACGCUGAAGGAACACCAGAAAUGUGGCAAAAAAUGGCAACAAAAUUGGCCGAAUGCAUUAAAGUGGUCGAGGAAGAUGCAACCCUUGAAGAGGGAGUAAUCACUUUCGAUAUAAAUUCAGAAACCAUCACCAUCAACCUCAAAUGCGCCAAGUCAGUUAUGGCUAAAAUCAUGAGGAAUCUCUGGGCCAGAGGUUUUGGUCAAAUCAUGAAUUAAAGGAACGAGUGAAGAAAACUUUUAUGUACAUUCGUGCACAAUAAACAGCAGCCUUUUAUUCUUAAUACAUUAUGCUAUAGUGAUUCAUGGUUUUAGUUGUAACUUUUUCCAAUUGAAGUGAUAAAGACAUUCUGUUAUAUAGGUAUCGACUUUAUUCUGAUGUAAUUUCUAUAAGCCUAAAAACAGGGAAUAUUUUUAGGGCAUAAACUUCCCGUUUAUUAUUUUUGUUUCCUGCAUUUGAAAUUCACAUACAACUCUUUGUUUCGUAAGUCUGGCAUAUUUUAUUUUCUCUUCUAUAUGUACAUAUAUUCUACUGGUCACACGCAAGAUUGCACUUGUAGUUAAACAUAUUCAAGCACACACAACAGCGUUUCUGUAACUUAUAAUUUCAUUUUAUAACAUUUCAAUCCAUUUUCAGUUUAAAUAUCGAAUUAAAAAAAAAACAUUACAAAUUUAAUCAAAUGUUUUUAUUUUUUCGUCUAAGAUUUUAUUGGGAAUUGUAAUACUUUGAUUUUAGUUUUUUUUUUAAACUUAUCAGUAAUUUCGGUUAUUUUGAAAAUCGUAUUUCUUUGUACAGGUUUUAAUUUUAAAACUUAGUGGUUUUGUAAAAUGGUGUUUCAAGUGUCUAGUGGGUUCAAAACCCCCAACAAGGACGACGCCUUCAGUAAAGAGAAACUUCCUGAAAAUGAAAUGUUUCCUGUCGCCAUAGAUGACACAGCACAAACUCCAUCGGCGCCUCCUCUAUACGUUGAGGCCCAGACUCGUCCCUGCAGAAAAAGACGCAGUACUUGCAACCUGUUUAUCGUGCUCGGGACAUUAAUUCUCUUGUUCCUGAUUGGCUACACAGCUUGGUCAUGGUUCAGCGUUCAUAAAUACAGACGGGAAAUGAAGAAUCCUUGCAUGAUGGACGGUUACAAGAAGCCUUUUGGACUCGACAACCGUCCAACCACCACCCCCACCACGCCCACAACAACAACUCUACCCACAACAACUACCACCAUAACAUUGAACGGAGGACAAGCGAACCUCCUGCAGUCGUCCAUGAACACCCUCCUAACCACUUGCGUGCGGGAGUUGAUAGUCGAUACAACAACCGGUGGUUUCACAAUUUAUGACAUCGAUCCAACGUGCCUGAAAAACCUAAUGCUGGAUUCUUUCAAAGUUUGGUUUUCCAAUAUAUUGGGAUGAGAAGUGUAUUAAUACCAAGCACAUACAGAUGUAUGAAAACUGCACUUUUGUAUAUAGUAUUGCACAUUUAUAUUCGACAAAAAUGAUGUUUACUUUUUUGCAACACUUCGAAUACCUUUUAUCAGUAGUUAUUCUAAAAUUAAAUUUAAAGCUAAGACUGUGGGGUAAGAUGGAUACUGUUUACAUAAUAUGUUUUUUUUUUUCUUGAAAACAAUUAAAAAACGUAUUUUGGAGGCUUGAGCAUAAGUUUAUAUAAUUUUGCAAAGAAUAAAAACAGGAACCAUCUUAUCCCAUAACCCAGAACUAUAUAUAUAACAAAUAAACAUGUUUUCCUAUAAUUUCUUCUUAACGACAGCUCUUAUUUAUGUAAAGUACAUUUAAUUUCAUGGAACAUCUUUAGAAAUAUCUUUUCUGUGCUUUCAUUUCUACACAUGGGCACAUUUUAUCUGUUUUUAACUUUAACAAAUUUCAAACGGCCAUAUAAGGCUUUAACCUCCAAUCAGGACAUUUGUAUAUACAUAAACACCGUGUGAACAACAAUUAGACUUGUAAAUUCGAACCAGCGGAAAAAAUAAAUGCAUAAAACAUACAA